ACAUUCGACUUUUUGCUUUGGUAAUUGUCAAUUUGUCAAUUUCCAAUUAACGUUUAAUCUUUUUUAUAUUGAUAAAGAAAUAUAGUAAAAAGUGUAGUACGCUUCCUGCGGAGAUAAGCGUCAACAAAGCCUCGUCAUGGCGUCCAGCGAGGUGACGAAGCUUCAGCAGCACUUGGCGCUGCUGAAGGAGGAGUACAGUAAGCUGCAGAGUCACUGUGCAGAGGUGGAGCGCAAGUAUACACUUGCGGCCGCAUCGGCCGGUGACUUGAGCGAAACGAGUUUCGUCGCGCGGCUGCUCAUGACCGUAGCGACACUCUACGGCAGAGAAACCUAUUCCGAUAUACAAAUAAAGUUACAGAGCAAGUCUAUGCCGGGUCAUAAGUUUGUCUUGUGUGCCCGAUCUGAUGAUUGGAAUGAAGAAGCAUUAAAGAACCUGGAGGAGUUGGACUGGUCAGUGCUCCCUGACGAUGUUGGUGCAGCGCUGCUCAAAUGGCUUUACACAGAUGUAGUGGACCUGACCCGGGGCGACAUGUUUGCACUUCAGCUCAUGAAGUCCGCAGCCAACUUCAAGCUCAAUGGUUUAGUGGGAAAGUGUGAGCAGGCCCUUAUAGCCAGUGUUGGAGUCAGGACUUGUGUAAAGUUUUACUCGGCUGCUGAUGAGAUUGGGGCAUCGGCUCUCAAAGAACAUUGUUCCGGACUUAUUUCUGCUCACUGGGAUGAUCUCACAGGGGAAGACUUCGCGCACAUGUCGUCCGCCCUGCUGUACCGCAUGUUGAAGAGCAAGACGCCGCAGCCGCUGCACGGCGCCGUCCGGCUGCUGCGGGAGGACGUCGUGUUCCUGUGCCUCGUCGAGAACCACGCCAAUCUAACAGACAUCGUGAACGCGAUGUCGUCGCGCGGAGAGCUCCCCUUGGAGCUCGCUCUCCGCGGCCACAGUACGUCCAUCGCCACCACCCUUCUUCAACACUGUGCUGAUGCCAAUGCCAGGGGCGCCCGCGGCAGGACCUUACUGCAUCGGUCGAUAGACUCGAGAGAUUCAUUCUCCGCUAAAUUCUUAGUAGAUAACGGGGCCGACUGUAACCUUACUACUAAGGAGGAAGGCGACACAGCACUGCACCUUAUAGCCGGAUUGACUGCAAGCUCUUGCGAUGAGGAAACUAUGGACCAGAUGGCAGAAAUCGCGGAAGUCAUGAUUGAAAAAGGCGCUGAUAUUAAUAGACAAAAUCGGAAAGGAUUCACACCACUACAUCAAGCAGUCAUAGCACGAAAUCAAAGGAUAUUUGAUCUCCUACUCAAACAACCAGCUUUAGAUACAAACUUGCGGAAUCUAACCGACGAACAUCCACCUCUCUACUACGCACUAGUCGACGAUAGACGGGCUUCGAUCUCUUCUAGCGAAACUCUAGUCAUGAAUGGGUCUAACCCAUUCGAUGCGCCAGUGACCAAUACUGCGGCGUUUACUGAAGACCCAGUGGAGGGAAAGACUGAGAGUAUCGUGGAGAGAGGGUUUGCUGCUAAGCUAUUGGCGAGAGGGUGUCAAAUGAAUCCAGUGUAUUCCGGCUCUGGGGAUAGCUUACUACAUAUUCUGGCGCAGGGAUGGUUUGAGGACUCAGCUGUUUUUCUGACGGCGCAUCUAAACGGUGAUCUUAACCAUACGAACGAGGCGGGCCUAACAGCUUUACACGCAGCCUGCGCUAACGGCCUGGCGCGCCUGACAGCCUCGCUUUUAGAACACGGCGCGAGGCCCAACUUGCAGACCUCGUAUGGGGAACAAGAGGAUACAGCCUACAGACAAACUCCACUCCACCUAGCUGUGCUAAGCAACCACGAGACCGCCGUCCUAGCCAUCCUGGAACACAAAAAACUCAUCGAAAAAGGCGACAUGCCGGCCACUGACCGUAGCAACGUCAGCUUACUGCCUAAUCUUAACUUAAAGAACUCUGAGGGAGACACACCUGUCAGUCUCGCUCUGUCUGAAGGGCACAAAAAUCUAGUGGCGCCCCUGAUAGAGGCCGGUGCGGACCCGAACGUGCGCAACGGCAAGGGCUUCACAGUAUUACACCAGGCUAUUGUGGAAGAGGACUCCAAAACCGCAAUCUAUUUGUUAGAUCAUGGAGCAGAUAUGGAUUCGUUAACGGAGGCCGGCGAAACGCCUCUACAACUAGCCAUACACUGUCGCCUUGGGCUUGUGGUAGAAGCUCUGUGCGUGAGAGGCGUAGAUAUGAGUCGCCUCGACGCCAACGGAGUGCCGCCGCUAUGGGCAGCCCUUGAUUCCGGACAGGAAGAAGUUGCUAGCAUUCUAGUACGAAAUGGCGCUGAUGCUGACUGCUGGGGACCAGGGCCUGAUGGCUGCUUGCAAACGUUACUACACAAAGCUAUCGACGAAAACAAGGAAAAUCUAGCGACGUUCCUGAUCCGUUCCGGCUGCGACGUGGAGUCGUCGCGUCGCGCCGGCGCUGCGGGUGAAGGCGCCGACGUGGCCAACGAGAAGCAGUCGCCGCUACAUCUGUGCUGCACCUGGGGGCUCACUGAUGUUAUACAGACUUUACUAGAACACGGCGCCAACAUCAACUCCAAAGACUCCGAAGGGAAGACUCCCCUCCACAUCGCAAUCGAAAACCAGCACGAGGGAAUCAUCUCUCUCCUUCUCUCCCAGCCAGGCAUAGACUUGUCGGCGAGGGACAACAAGGGCGUGUCGCCUUUCGCUGCCGCUCUUACGGCUAGGAAUAAUAAGGCUGCGCAAGCUAUACUUACGAAGAAUCCGUCGGCAGCAGAACAAGUGGACAAGAAAGGGCGCAACUUCCUCCACGUUGCGAUACAGAAGUGCGACAUGGAGAGCGUGAUGUUCCUGCUGUCCGUCGAAGUGGACGUAAACUCGCGCAUACAGGACAGUAGCACGCUGGCGCCGCCCUUGCACUUGGCGGCCGCGGUGGGCAACGAGGUGCUGCUUCGGAGUCUACUACUCGCGGGCGCGAGGCCCAACGAUCGGGAUGCUCAGAAACGCACCGCCCUGCACGUGGCCGCCGGCGCGGGGCACGCCAGCAUCGUGUCGGCGCUGCUGGGCGGCGGCGCGGAGUGCGGCGCGGUGGACGCGGCGGGCGACAACGCGCUGCACGUGUGCGCGCGCGAGGGCCACGCCGCCGCCGCGCGCGCGCUGCUCGCCGACUCCGACGUCGACGCGGCCGCCGUCAACCUCAAGGGUCGCAAUCCCUUGCACGAGCUGGCCUGGUGCAAGAAAGAUAACGCCGCAGCGAUCUGCGAAAUAUUCAUUGAGCUCAUGCCAGAUUACCCCAUCAACAGGACAGACUUGCAGGGCAAUACUCCGCUUCUAUUAGCGUAUAUGAACGGGCAAGCGGCCAUGUGCAAAGUAUUGGUCCGCGCGGGUGCGUGCCUGGCUCAGGAGAAUAAGGAUGGCGUUUCUAUAUUUAAUUAUCAGGUGGCGACAAAGCAACUGCUGCACCGGCUCCUGGACGCGCUGCCGGCGGAGGCGCCGUGGGCCGAGAGCGACCUGUGCCAGGAGUGCGGCACCAAGUUCACGCUCACCAUGAGGAAACACCAUUGUCGUCACUGCGGCCGAAUGCUGUGCAACAAGUGCUCGAACCAAGACGUCCCCAUACUGAAGUUCGGUAUGAACAAACCGCAGCGAGUGUGCGAGAUAUGCUUCAAAGUGCUCCAAGUCGGCGCCAGUUAGUAUCGCUAUGUUGGCAACACUGACGACGAUAUCGAUUGUUAGACAUCAAGCGUAUGAUUGGAAUUCCACCACCUUCACAGUUAAAUGUCCUUUCAUAAACCUUACUGCAACGACUUAAGGUCCUUCUAGAUGGAACUUAUAUGAGGACUCGCGGCAUUCGAGUCUCAUGUGCAUUAGCGAUCUCAUACAGAUUUAGUAUUUGUGAACGACCACGCUUGUAAGACCUGCGCGUGCGUAAAAAAAAGUAAAUGCAAUGGAUUAGGACGCAAUAAAGUGGUGUUAAGUAUAAAAACGCCUACGUGAUGUAACCGCAAAUUUUCGUAAAUGCUUCAUACGAGAGCGGUUGUAUGAAUUUUCCCCGUGUUAAGGUCGGCCGAUGAAAAGAAUCGUGAUUUCCGAUUUAAAAAUUUCUAAGUACUCUACGUUUUCAUUGGAUCGACCGAAUGAAUGGACUUCAAUUUAAAAGAGCAAACCUUUCAUCGAACCUUAAUAAGGAUUUAGUAUGGGGUCAAUAUUAUAUACAAUGCUAACCUCUUCAUCUACAAUCGGACAGUGGCUACCUUUCUAUUCUACAACUGUUUGGGUGGGCUAUGAGCAAUCGUACUGAAAAGCACACGAAGCAAUACUACGUUUUGUGUAAAAUAAUGAUUCGUUUUGAAACAGUUACAAAAUGAAUGUUUAACAAGCAGAAACUUCUGCGAACGAUUCAAUUCAAUUCAAUUUUAUUUAUUUCGACGAUGCUAUGACUAUAACUCCGAACUUGGAACUCCGGUAGCCGUCUAAGAAAUGUAAAGUUCUUACGGUAGAUGUCGCUAGGGUCCCCUAGGCCCAUAUGGUGGAAAAAUAUGCUGCCUAUGGGUGAGGUCUUGGUGGCUCAGAUGGCAGAUCGCUGGAGUAUCGAUCUAGAGUCCGUGAGUUCAAGUCUCACCCAAGACAGUAAUUUUUCCACUUUUAAAUUUAAUCUAAGAUUAAUAGCAUCGUUCGCAGACGUUUCUGCUUGUUAAAAAUUAAUUUAGUAUGAGUAGCACAUCGUUACUGGUGAAUUUCCAAUAUGACUUGGAACUCCGGUAGCCGUCUAAGAAGUGUAACGUUCUUACGGUAGAUGUCGCUAGGGUCCCCUAGGCCCAUAUGGUGGAAAAAUGUGCUGCCUAUGGAUGAGGUUUUUUGGUGGCUCAGAUGGCAGAGCGCUGUAGUAUCGAUCCAGAGGUCGUGAGUUCAAGUCUCACCCAAGACAGUAAUUUUUUCACUUUUAAAUAUAAUCUAAGCUUAGUCACAAAAUGAUUUAGAAAGUCGUGAAUGUAGUACUGCCGUUAUAUUUAUAGAUCUCUGCAUAUUAAGAGAUAUAGUUUCUAUUGAGUUGAUACUACAUUGGUACAUUAUGCGACGUAAGCUUGCAUCAAAUGAUUAUGUGGUCAAGAAAUAUGUUCUUUUAUGUUAAAUCUUUAGGAUUUUAAUCAAUGAUACUCUAAAACUGUAAGUUGUGUGGAAUAGAUUAAAGAAAAAAAAAAUAGUGCCUCAAUGUUGGCAAAAUUAUGUUCCAGAUAGAUGGAACAUAAUUUCAUUAUGCCAAAGUCUGAUAGAGCGUGCUUUUAUUUUCAUUUAGAUUUUAAGUUCAAAUUAUUAUACGUAUAGGAAUCAAAAUUGUAACUUUGUAUUUAUGAUGAUAGGGUGGCAAAAAUAAGAUAUAUAAUCAGUAUUUUGACUUGAAUAAAUCUCCGAAAUUAACUUACCGAAAUAGGAUUCCGGCCAUUCGUAUAUGCCCAUGCAGUUUUAAUGCUGGCAUGGCACUGCUACUCGUGUACUUCAUAUAAGAUAAAUGGAGCUCCCUUUAGUGUGUUUAGAAAGUCUAUAGUCAACCGGGGUGAAUAGGGAUGGGUGGUGUGAAUAGGGACAAAACCUAGAGUUAUUUACCUGAAAAUUUCUUAAAAAACACCCAUACAAUUGCAUCAUUCGAUUGUAAAUCAUAGUAGAUUUGUAUGAUACUAUUUGUGUGGGUAUUUUUUUAAGAAAUUGGCAUUAUUCACCCCAGGUGACGGUACUGAUAAUAUCAUAAUGUAAGGAACUUCGUUUGUAUUGUAGAAGUGCAUGGUUUAGUUUCUCUCUACUCUUAUCGAAUGUGGCGCCGUUAAAAACAUUAUUAUUGUAUACAAAGUCAAUUUUUGAUACAUAUUUUAUUUACUUUAUUAGUAAUAAGAUUUUGACACAAUUGAUUUUAUUAUUCCUAGACAUUAUUUAUAUUGUUGUGUCCAUUAUUUAAUGCUCUUAUAAAUUGUAUAUAUUUUUAUUGUCACUGAUUAAUUGUCAACACAUUCCAAAUUUAGCAUUUUGUGCAAGUCAAACUUGUAUUUUUGGCAUUUGCAAUAUUCUUAUGAACACUAGGCUAAGGAGAGGAAGUUUUGUCAGGGGGUGUACUUUGCUACUACAUAUAUUUAUUAACAUUCAUUUAUUUGGCGUCUGUUUUUAAAGCUUUAGAGUUGCUGUUAUUCUACAGACUUUGCUAUAACAGCUUCUGUGAUGUUCAAAAAUUGGCGUGUAAAUUGAUAUAAUAAGGCGGGUCCACACAGAGCGAGCAUUGGCGCGAGGCAAUUCCCUCACGCUCAAAACGGCCAGUGUAGACGUACCUCGGCCGAAGCGGCGCGCGCGUUUUCCUCGACCGAGCGCCCUGCCUCGGCCUGGCACGUCUACACUGGCCCUUUUGUCCGUGCGGAAAUUGCCUCGCGUGUAUGCUCGCUCAGUGUGGACCCUUUUGCUAAUAAUGUAUUUAUCUAUGCUAUUGAAUGAGUGCCAUUCGUCUUGAAAAUCUUGCUUUGUUUUAAUUUUUAUAGAGCUUCUUAUAUUUUAUCGUAUGAAUUAUUGUUUUCGUCCAAACUAUUAUUGCAGUAAUAAUAAAAUUUUAUAUGCCUUAAA